AUGGAUGAGGACGAGAUGAGAUUGGCUCUUCAUGAGCUGCACCGAGUGAAGCAGGAACUCGACGACGGGGAAGAGCCUUCCAAGGAGACUUCAUCACUUGCCCGCCCGAUCGCAACGCCCGCUCGAGCAGCAAAGGUUGAGGAAGACCAGACUGAGGAAGCAUUGGCCGAGCGACUGAUGCUAGCUGCUCGCGCCCGCAUUGGACGCAUGAUGAAGCCCAAGACGAAGCGAACCGACCUCGUCCCCCCUAAGUGUGUUCGGGAUCACUUUGAAACCGGGCACAAGAAGCAGCUGGCACAGAUGCUGAUCGAGUGCAACUUCGACAAGGCUACCUUCUUUAACAGGGUCGAAAAGAUUGUGCUGAAGCGCGACGAGCAAGUGGUCGAGAAGGAGCAAGGCUGGUACAGCGAAGCUGAGAUGAAAGCCGACCUUAGCUGGUCCUCGCCGCCCCGGAUCAAUGGCGCCGUGGCAUUUUGCCGGGCACGAUCGAAGACUCACGUCCGGAAGAAUCAAUAUGACGACGUGGAAGAGUUCUGGGUUACGAUUCGUGAAAAGGGCAGCUCUAAGCAGAUGCUUGCUUCUGAAGAAGUGCACCGCAAGAUUGAAGAAGCCAAGGAUGACGUCAACUUGGAUGGCAAGUUCGAUGGCCUGGACGAGGCCAACGCAAGGGAAGCGGCUGAGAAGGCCCAGGGUGCAGUCAAGGCCGCACCCGCAGACAGCAAGUUCCAGGAGACCCUCGCGAAGUUCUGUGAUUCGCUGCUGAACAAAAAGAACAAAAUCCAUGUUCUCAUCCGCGAUCUCGAACAGAACUACACGUGCUCGAAGUCUCAAGAGAGCCGGGACAGCCUGGAGAAGCAUCUGCAGGCAAUGGAUGGCGAGUUCGAGACCUUGAACGAUUUGAAGACAAAGGGAGAGGUUUUCGGCUGGGAUGAGAAGCUCCUAGUGGAGGUGGAGUCCAAGAUGAAAGGGGCCACUUUCAAGACUUCCAAGGCCAUGGGCCUGGAAUCCAAGAUCAGGCAAGAGAAGAAGUUCUUUGGCAAGUCCGAGAAGCCCAAGCGCACGCCUAAGGCCAAAGCCACCCCUUCGCCAUCUGCCAGUACCUGCGCAAGCGCCGUGCGGGUGGCUCGGGAUGUCGUUUCCGACAUCGGUGUUGCGGCAGCAAGCUCAAGUGGCGGAUUGUGUGCUCUAGCUUCCUGUGAUGAGCGGCACGCUGAGAGAGAUUCGCAUCGCUUGAUGGCGAAGCAGCUGAAGCUCAGUCUGCCAGUGCCGAUUUCGACCUUGAUGGGGACGGCUUUUCCAACUCUCCGUUUGAGGGAUUGGAUGGAUUUCCUCCUCAAUCGCAACUGCUGGCAUGUGCUUUGUGGCUUGGUUCGGCCAGAUACAGAUCGGGAACAAGCAAUCUUGAGAGAAUUUUGGCACAGAUUUCGGCAGUGCCAUCCCGAUCAUGAAGUGUUUCGGCUGGCUGAUUCCAACCAAAUCAGUUUGGCUCGAACCGCACCACUGCUGUACCACGGAGAUGAAGGCAGGGGGAGGCGGAGGACGCCAUUCCUCGUGACUUCAUUCCAUGGACUGCUUGGACGAGGGAUUCGAUCUGGGCUUCAGGCUCAAGCCAAGGCUGGUGCUCCCAAGGAAUACACCAAGCUGAAGCCGAAUUUUAUCGGACAUUCCUAUACCAAUCGGUACCUGCACUGUGCGAUGCCGAAAAUGGCAUACCAGGACGACGACGUCUUCGCUGCGAUCCUGGAAAGUGCCAGUGCUGAGGCCGAGCACAUGUGGAAGUCUGGCAUUCAGCACAGGUACACUGGUGCAAGAUACUGGGCAGUCGUGCUGAAUGUUACCGGCGAUUGGCCCUGGCUUGUCAAGGGAGGGAAUUUGGGUCGAUCCUUCAGUCAUGCCAUCAAAGGCACGAAGGAGGUCAAGAAGGCGCCGGCAGGGAUCUGCCACAAAUGUCUGGCAGGGACGCUCGAAUACAACUUCGAAUGCGUCCAUCUGCGCACUCCGCCGUGGCUCAGCACACUUCACUCCCAGAGCCCUUUUUUGGACCCGAGGUCGUCUUUGACUUCGUUGCUUUGCACAAAAGGACAAGAAGCAGAUAUAUUCGCUUACGACCUGUGGCACUCCUGGCAUCUCGGAGUGGCGAAGGUUUUCCUUGGAUCGGCGUUGGCCCUUCUCUCCGACCGUUUUCCUGGAAGGAGUGUGCAUGCGCGUUUUGCUGAGCUCAACUCCGCCUACUUCUCCUGGUGUCAUGAGCACAGCCAUGCUCCGAUCCUGACACGUCUAACAACCUCGACCAUCGAAUGGGACCCCACCACAAACUACCCCAAGGGCAACUGGUUUAAGGGUGAGCUUAGCACCACCCUGGGCCGGUUCGUGCGGUACAUGACGAGUGGCGGUAACAACGAAAGUCGCAUGUUGGACCUGGUUGGCGAGGCGUGUGCGGCCAUAGACACUUGUGUACGUGGAUUAUAUGAGCAUGAUGCUUUCUUGCCUAGCGAAACGGCGCGAGAGCUUGGCGAGCACGGUCUUCGCUUCCUGCGCAGAUUCACCACCUUGGCCCGAAUGUCUCUGGAGUCUGGAUGGGCCUUAUUUCUUGUAACGCCGAAAAUACAUGUACUGCAGCAUGUAUUCUUGGUUGACCUGGUGCUCGCAGCAGAUCGUGGAGCGUGGGUGGUAAAUCCAAUAUGCUACUCGGUCCAGCAGUCCGAGGACUUCAUAGGUCGGAACUCAAGGGUCGCUCGGAAAGUUCACCCUUCACAAGCAUCCAGGCGGUGCCUUGAGCGUCAUCUCUUACAUGCCUACAAGCAAUAUCGCGAAGCAGGGCUUCUUGUGGACGCCAGAGAUUAA